AAGAGCAAGCAACAAACCAUCUCCUGGCGAUAAGCUUUCAACAUCAACUCCCAUUUCUAUUACUCUUCUCUGAUCUUGUAAUAAUAAUUAAACGAGAAUGUCGCGUUUAUAAACAGUACGCGUUCGUUGCAAGCAAUCGCGAUCAUGCAGCCUCCGCUGCGGUAUAAAAGGAAAGUAGCAGGCCGGAAGUAAAAUCAUUGCGAACAAAAUGGCGCCUAGUUUGAAAAUGAUAAGAACUCAGCUCUUGUACACGCACAUAAACCAACAAAACAUGCUCAUUCCAGGCCACGUGCAAUAUCCACAUGGCCAUAAGUUAUAAUAACAAUGGCUUCCAAAGAAGAGAUCGAGGUAACAGUUAAAUAUAAAGACACUCCACCACAAGUGGUCGUUAGUAAAAUAAAUAAAGUAGUUAAAGAGCUCCGGGAGGCAGGACUCAGGCAGACGGUGAAGCUUAGGUGGGAGGCUGUCCCAGACGCCGUCCCAGAUCAGCCAAUGCCACCUAUUACUCUCUCUCCAAGUCAUCCACGGGGUUACAGAGACUCUGCCCUCGUCCCUGUCUUACAGGGACUGCAGGACUGCUGUCCACACUGCCUCUGUGGGCCGUGUGUGAUUGCUCUUCCUCCAGACUUCCUAACCGGUGCCUGUGGACCUCAUCCAGCAAAUGAUGAAAAGAGGCACCGGUUGUAUCGGAAGUUUUGGAGGUUGCUCCAGGACGUGGGUCUGUGGGGAGAUGAGGAGUACCUGAGGAGGAAGGAGAGGCGGACUGUCAGGCAUGACAAAAGGGACAUAAUGCCCAAAUGUGUGAUUGUAGAAAUAAGAAGGCGAUACCCUAGUGUCGAUGGGACCUACAGGGACUAUUUGUCGACAUUCGAUGCAGAGAAUAUGGAACUUUAGAAUGUUGUGUUUUGUAAUUAAUUAUAAUACCUAUUCUCUGUCGUCGCUAUCUGAAUCUGACUCCAUAUCAUCA